UUGAGGUUGAGGAAAAAAAAGUAUAAUAGCAGUAGCAUGGGUUGUAACGCCUAUAAUCAUAAUCCCGUUGUAGUUCCAAAAAAUGCUCUACAACCACACUUCCUCGAUGUCAUUGCCUUCCCCAUUGUACCUGAAUACUACGUCGUUUCGCCUCACGCGCCAAUCUCCUUUUCCUUUUCCCCGCCGGCGCUUCAAUCCACCGGCUUUCCGAUCAGUUUCGCCGUUGAGUUCCAGCCCCUCUGCAUCACUCUUCGAUCUCAGAGGGGGCAAAGGAAUGAGUGGAUUCCAUGACGUUGAACUGAAGGUGCGCGACUAUGAGUUGGAUCAGUACGGUGUGGUUAACAAUGCAGUUUAUGCUAGUUAUUGCCAGCACGGUCGUCAUGAACUCUUGCAAAACAUUGGUAUUAAUUGCGAUGCUGUGGCUCGCAGUGGUGAUGCAUUGGCAUUGUCUGAACUAUCGCUCAAAUUCCUUGCACCUCUAAGAUUCUGUUUUCCAAUAUUUGUUCUCAUAAUAAGAACAUGCAACCAGAGUGGAGACAAAUUUGUUGUAAGAGUUAGGAUUUCUGGCUCUUCAGCUGCUCGUUUAUACUUUGAUCACUUCAUCUAUAAGCUGCCAAACCAAGAGCCUAUUUUGGAAGCCAAGGCCAUAGCGGUGUGGCUUGACAAAAACUAUCGUCCUAUACGAAUUCCAGCAGAGAUGAAGUCUAAAUUUGUAAAGUUUAUUCGAAUUGAGGACUCUUAAUUCAGUUACCAGUUGAGUAUAGCUUAUUGGUUAAUAGAGCAUUAAGAAAGGUAAUUAUUUAUGUACUUAUCUUCAAUUUAGCUUGUGAGUGAGGAAGGAGGUAACACGUCUCUGUAAUGGAUCCAGUAAAUUAUGUGCAGCAAUAUUUUUAAACUAUAACUGUUAUAUUCAUGAUGCUCAGUAAUAAAGAAUGUGUUCUUCCUUUAAAA